AAAAACCAGUAAUUCCGAGGGAGAGUGAGUGGGGCCGGGACCCGCUGAGCUGGGCCGACACCUCUCUCCUCCGGUGCUGGUGGGCAGGGCAGGGCAGGGCAGGGGCUCCGCAGAACGCGCGCCUCCAGAACCAGCUUUUCGGGGCGCUUUGCUCCCUGUUCCCCUCCUUCUCUCCCUUCUUUUCCUCCCCUUCUCCGGUUUGUCCAGGGGUGGGGGAAAGAGACGCAAACACAAAAGUGGAAAACAGUUAAUGACCAGCCACAGUGUCCCUGCCGCAAGCUCCAGCCACUGCCUGCAAGGGCUCUUGGGGCUGUGCUGCUGGCUGAGGUAACAUGGCUUGUUGGCCUCAGCUGAGGUUGCUGCUGUGGAAGAAUCUCACCUUCAGAAGAAGGCAAACAUGUCAACUGUUGCUGGAAGUCGCCUGGCCUCUAUUUAUCUUCCUGAUCCUGAUAUCUGUUCGGCUGAGCUACCCCCCCUAUGAACAACAUGAAUGUCACUUUCCAAACAAAGCCAUGCCCUCUGCAGGAACACUUCCUUGGGUUCAGGGAAUUAUCUGUAAUGCCAAUAACCCCUGUUUCCGUUAUCCGACUCCUGGUGAAGCUCCUGGGGUUGUUGGAAACUUUAACAAAUCCAUUGUGUCUCGCCUGUUCUCAGAUGCUCGGAGACUUCUUUUAUACAGCCAGAAAGACACCAGCAUGAAAGACAUACAUAAAGUUUUGAGGACAUUAAAACAGAUUGAGAACUCCAGUCCAACAUUGAAUACCAUCUUCCCUGAGGAUUCAGCCAUCUCAGUGAAGUGGACAACAGCUCUCCUUGAAGGGUUGAAGCUUCAAGAUUUCCUGGUGGACAAUGAAACCUUCUCUGGACUCCUGUAUAACAACCUGUCUCUCCCAAGGCCGACUGUGGACAAGAUGCUGAGGGCUAAUGUCAGUCUCCACAAGGUGUUUUUACAAGGCUACCAGUUACAUUUGACUAGUCUGUGCCAUGGAUCAAAAUUAGGAGAAGUGAUUCAACUUGGUGACCACGAAAUUUCUGAGCUUUGUGGCUUACCAAGGGAGCAGCUGGAGACAGCCGAGCAAGUCCUUCGUUCCAACAUGGACAUUCUGAAGCCAGUCCUGGUAGGACUCAACUCUACAUCUCCUGUCAUGAGCAAGGAACUGGCUGAAGCCACAAAAACUUUGCUGCAGAGUCUUGGGACUCUGGCCCAAGAGGUGUUCACCAUGAGGAGCUGGAGUGACAUGCGGCAGGAGGUGAUGUUUCUGACCAACGUGAACAGCUCCAGUUCUUCCACCCAGAUAUACCAGGCUGUGUCCCGCAUCGUCUGUGGCCAUCCCGAGGGGGGUGGGCUGAAGAUCAAGUCCCUCAACUGGUAUGAGGACAACAACUACAAAGCCCUGUUUGGAGGCAACGGCACCGAUGAAGAUGCUGACACUUUCUAUGACAACUCUACAACCCCUUAUUGCAAUGAUAUGAUGAAGAAUUUGGAAUCCAGUCCUCUUUCCCGCAUUAUUUGGAAAGCUCUCAAGCCCCUGCUUGUUGGAAAGAUCCUGUAUACACCUGACACUCCAGUCACAAGGCAGGUUAUGGCUGAGGUGAACAAGACCUUCCAGGAACUGGCUGUAUUCCAUGAUCUGGAAGGCAUGUGGGAAGAAGUCAGCCCCAAGAUCUGGACCUUCAUGGAGAACAGCCAAGAAAUGGAUCUUGUCCGGACGCUGUUGGAUAGCAGAGGCAAUGACCACUUUUGGGAACAACAGUUGAAUGGUUUAGAUUGGACAGUCCAAGACAUCAUGGCUUUUCUGGCCAAGCAUCCAGAAGAUGUCCAGUCUGUUAAUGGCUCUGUGUAUACCUGGAGGGAAGCUUUCAAUGAGACUAGCCAGGCUGUCCGGACCAUAUCUCGCUUCAUGGAGUGUGUCAACUUGAACAAGCUGGAGCCAAUAGCAACAGAAGUCUGGCUCAUCAACAAGUCUAUGGAGCUACUGGAUGAGAGGAAGUUCUGGGCUGGUAUCGUGUUUACUGGAAUUGCUCCAGGCAGUGUGGUGUUGCCUCAUCAUGUCAAGUACAAGAUCCGAAUGGACAUUGACAAUGUGGAGAGGACGAAUAAAAUCAAGGAUGAGUACUGGGACCCUGGCCCUCGGGCCGACCCUUUUGAGGAUAUGCGGUAUAUCUGGGGUGGCUUUACCUACUUGCAAGAUGUGGUGGAGCAGGCAAUCAUUAGGGUCCUGACAGGCACCCAGAAGAAAACUGGUGUCUACAUGCAACAGAUGCCCUAUCCCUGUUAUGUUGAUGACAUCUUCCUGCGGGUGAUGAGCCGAUCCAUGCCCCUCUUCAUGACACUGGCCUGGAUUUACUCUGUGGCUGUGAUCAUCAAAAGCAUAGUGUACGAGAAGGAGGCACGGCUGAAGGAGAUCAUGCGGAUCAUGGGCCUGGACAAUGGCAUCCUCUGGUUUAGCUGGUUUAUCAGUAGCCUCAUCCCUCUGCUUGUGAGCGCUGGCCUGCUGGUGGUCAUCCUGAAGUUAGGAAACCUGCUGCCCUACAGCGACCCCAGUGUGGUCUUUGUCUUCCUGUCGGUGUUCGCGGCAGUGACCAUCCUGCAGUGCUUCCUGAUUAGCACACUCUUCUCUAGAGCCAACCUGUCUGCAGCCUGUGGAGGCAUCAUUUACUUCAUGCUAUACCUACCCUAUGUCCUGUGCGUGGCGUGGCAGGACUACGUGGGCUUCAUACCCAAGAUCUUUGUGAGUCUGCUGUCUCCUGUGGCUUUUGGUUUUGGCUGUGAAUACUUUGCCCUUUUUGAGGAGCAGGGCAUUGGGGUGCAAUGGGACAACCUCUUCGAGAGCCCCGUGGAGGGAGAUGGCUUCAAUCUCACCACUUCAGUCUCCAUGAUGCUGUUUGACGCCUUCCUCUAUGGGGUGAUGACAUGGUACAUUGAAGCUGUCUUUCCAGGUCAAUAUGGAAUUCCCAGACCCUGGUAUUUUCCUUGCACCAAGUCCUACUGGUUUGGGGAGGAAAGCGACGAGAAAAGCCACCCUGGGUCGAGCCAGAAGGGAAAGUCAGAAAUUUGCAUGGAGGAGGAACCCACUCACCUGAAGCUGGGCGUGUCUAUUCAGAACCUGGUAAAAGUUUACCGAGAUGGCAUGAAGGUGGCUGUUGAUGGCCUGGCACUGAAUUUUUAUGAAGGCCAGAUCACCUCUUUCCUGGGCCACAACGGAGCGGGGAAAACGACCACCAUGUCAAUCCUAACUGGGUUGUUCCCUCCCACCUCGGGCACUGCCUACAUCCUGGGGAAAGACAUUCGGUCUGAGAUGAACAUCAUUCGGCAGAACCUGGGGGUCUGUCCCCAGCAUAACGUGCUAUUUGACAUGCUGACUGUCGAAGAGCACAUCUGGUUCUACGCUCGUCUAAAAGGACUCUCAGAGAAGCAUGUGAAAGCAGAGAUGGAACAGAUGGCCCUGGAUGUUGGUUUGCCGCCCAGCAAGUUGAAAAGCAAAACAAGUCAAUUGUCAGGUGGAAUGCAGAGAAAGCUGUCUGUAGCCUUGGCCUUUGUGGGUGGAUCCAAAGUUGUCAUUCUGGAUGAGCCCACAGCAGGCGUGGACCCUUACUCCCGCAGGGGAAUAUGGGAAUUGCUGCUGAAAUACCGACAAGGCCGUACCAUUAUUCUCUCUACGCAUCACAUGGAUGAAGCAGACAUCCUGGGGGACAGGAUUGCCAUCAUUUCCCAUGGGAAGCUGUGCUGUGUGGGCUCCUCCCUGUUUCUGAAGAACCAGUUAGGAACAGGAUACUACCUGACCCUAGUCAAGAAAGAUGUGGAAUCCUCCCUCAGUUCCUGCAGAAGCAGCAGUAGCACUGUGUCGUACCUGAAGAAGGUCGUGCCUGAGCUUCCCCCAGCUGGGCAGAGUGGAGGCAGAGGAGGAGAGGUGCAGAGGCUGGUGGCGCUGACUCAAGAUGUUUCUGCUAUCUCUAACCUCAUCAGGAAGCAUGUAUCGGAAGCCCGCCUGGUGGAGGACAUUGGGCAUGAGCUGACCUACGUGCUGCCGUAUGAAGCUGCUAAGGAGGGAGCCUUUGUGGAACUCUUCCAUGAGAUUGAUGACCGGCUCUCAGACCUGGGCAUCUCUAGUUAUGGCAUCUCAGAGACUACCCUAGAAGAAAUAUUCCUUAAAGUGGCUGAAGAGAGUGGGGUGGAUGCUGAGACCUCAGAUGGUACUUUGCCAGCAAGACGAAAUAGACGGGUCUUUGGAGACAAGCAGAGUUGUCUUCGCCCAUUCACAGAAGAUGAUGCCGUUGAUCCAAAUGAUUCUGACAUAGACCCAGAAUCCAGAGAGACAGAUUUUCUCAGUGGGAUGGAUGGCAAAGGCUCCUACCAGGUCAAGGGCUGGAAACUCACACAGCAACAGUUUGUGGCUCUUUUAUGGAAGAGGUUGCUGAUUGCCAAACGGAGUCGGAAAGGAUUUUUCGCUCAGAUCGUCCUGCCAGCUGUGUUUGUCUGCAUUGCCCUGGUGUUCAGCCUGAUUGUACCACCUUUUGGCAAGUACCCCAGCCUGGAACUUCAGCCUUGGAUGUACAAUGAGCAGUACACAUUUGUCAGUAAUGAUGCCCCUGAGGACAUGGGCACACAGGAGCUCUUGAAGGCCCUCACCAAAGACCCUGGCUUCGGGACUCGGUGUAUGGAAGGGAACCCGAUCCCAGACAUGCCCUGCUUGGCGGGAGAGGAGGAAUGGACUACUGCCUCAGUUCCCCAGACCAUCAUGGACCUCUUCCAAAAUGGGAACUGGACAAUGGAGAACCCCUCACCGACCUGCCAGUGUAGCAAUGACAAAAUCAAGAAGAUGCUGCCCGUGUGUCCCCUGGGUGCUGGGGGGCUACCUCCUCCACAAAGAAAACAGAACACUGCAGACAUCCUACAGAAUCUGACAGGAAGAAACAUUUCUGAUUACCUGGUGAAGACAUAUGUGCAGAUUAUCGCCAAAAGCUUAAAGAACAAGGUCUGGGUGAAUGAGUUUAGGUAUGGUGGAUUUUCCCUGGGUGUCAGUAAUUCUCAAGUACUUCCUUCAAGUCAAGAAGUUAAUGAUGCCAUCAGGCAAGUGAAGAAACACUUGCAGCUGGCCAAGGACAGCUCUGCAGAUCGAUUUCUCAAUAGUUUGGGAAGCUUCAUGAUAGGACUGGACACUAAAAAUAAUGUCAAGGUGUGGUUCAAUAACAAGGGAUGGCAUGCCAUUAGCUCUUUCCUAAAUGUCAUCAACAAUGCCAUUCUCCGGGCCAACUUGCAGAAGGGAGAGAAUCCUAGCCAUUAUGGGAUUACUGCUUUCAAUCACCCCCUGAAUCUCACCAAGCAGCAGCUCUCAGAAGUGGCUCUAAUGACCACAUCAGUGGAUGUCCUUGUGUCCAUCUGUGUCAUCUUUGCGAUGUCUUUUGUCCCAGCCAGCUUUGUUGUGUUCCUGAUACAGGAGCGGGUCAGCAAAGCAAAGCACCUGCAGUUCAUCAGUGGAGUGAAGCCUGUCAUUUACUGGCUCUCCAAUUUUGUGUGGGACAUGUGCAAUUAUGUGGUCCCUGCCACGCUGGUCAUUAUUAUCUUCAUCUGCUUCCAGCAGAAGUCCUAUGUGUCUUCCACCAACCUGCCUGUUCUCGCCCUUCUACUUUUGCUGUAUGGGUGGUCAAUCACACCUCUCAUGUAUCCAGCCUCCUUCGUGUUCAAGAUCCCCAGCACAGCCUAUGUAGUACUCACCAGUGUGAACCUAUUUAUUGGCAUCAAUGGCAGCGUGGCCACUUUCGUGCUAGAGCUCUUCACCAACAAUAAGUUGAAUAACAUAAAUGAUAUCCUGAAGUCUGUAUUUUUGAUCUUCCCACAUUUCUGUCUGGGACGAGGGCUCAUUGACAUGGUGAAAAACCAGGCUAUGGCUGAUGCCCUGGAAAGGUUUGGGGAGAAUCGCUUUGUGUCACCACUCUCUUGGGACUUGGUGGGACGAAACCUCUUCGCUAUGGCAGUGGAAGGGGUAGUGUUCUUUCUUAUUACUGUUCUGAUACAGUACAGAUUCUUCAUCAGGCCCAGACCGGUAAAUGCAAAGCUUACUCCUUUGAAUGAUGAGGAUGAAGAUGUAAGGCGGGAAAGACAGCGAAUUCUUGAUGGUGGAGGACAGAAUGACAUCUUGGAAAUCAAGGAGUUGACUAAGAUAUAUAGAAGGAAGAGGAAGCCUGCUGUUGACAGGAUUUGUGUUGGCAUUCCUCCUGGUGAGUGCUUUGGACUUCUGGGAGUUAAUGGUGCUGGAAAAUCAUCAACUUUUAAGAUGUUAACUGGAGAUACCACUGUUACCAGAGGAGAUGCUUUCCUUAAUAAAAAUAGCAUCUUAUCAAACAUCCAUGAAGUACAUCAGAACAUGGGCUACUGCCCUCAGUUUGAUGCCAUCACAGAGCUGCUGACUGGGAGAGAGCAUGUGGAAUUCUUUGCCCUCCUGAGAGGUGUUCCAGAAAAAGAAGUUGGCAAGGUUGGUGAGUGGGCAAUUCGGAAACUGGGCCUCGUGAAGUAUGGAGAAAAAUAUGCCGGUAACUACAGUGGAGGCAACAAGCGCAAGCUCUCAACAGCCAUGGCUUUGAUUGGCGGGCCUCCUGUGGUGUUUCUGGAUGAACCAACCACAGGCAUGGAUCCCAAAGCCCGGCGAUUCUUGUGGAAUUGUGCCCUAAGUAUCAUCAAGGAGGGGAGAUCAGUGGUGCUUACAUCCCAUAGUAUGGAAGAAUGUGAAGCUCUUUGCACUAGGAUGGCAAUUAUGGUCAAUGGGAGGUUCAGGUGUCUUGGCAGUGUCCAACAUCUGAAAAAUAGGUUCGGAGAUGGUUAUACAAUAGUUGUACGGAUAGCAGGGUCCAACCCUGACCUGAAGCCUGUCCAGGAGUUCUUUGAACGCGCCUUUCCAGGAAGCGUCCUGAAAGAGAAACACCGGAACAUGCUACAAUACCAGCUUCCAUCUUCAUUAUCUUCUUUGGCCAGGAUAUUCAGCAUCCUCUCUCAGAGCAAAAAGCAGCUCCACAUAGAGGACUACUCUGUUUCUCAGACAACACUUGACCAAGUAUUUGUGAACUUUGCCAAGGACCAAAGUGAUGAUGACCACUUAAAGGACCUGUCAUUACACAAAAACCAGACAGUAGUAGAUGUUGCAGUUCUCACAUCUUUUCUACAGGAUGAGAAAGUGAAAGAAAGUUAUGUAUGAAGAAUCCUGUGCAUACAGGUGGCUGAAAGUAAGGAGGAACUAGACCUUCUUUUGCAUCAUGAUAAGUGUUCCAGAGGAAAGAGCCAGAAGUUUUUGUGAGAAGAAGUAAACUGGAUACUGUACUGAUACUCUUCAAUGCAAUGCAAUUCAAUGCAAUGAAAACAAAAUUCCAUUACAGGGGCAGUGCCUUUGUAGCCUAUGUCUUUUAUGGCUCUCAAGUGAAAGACUUGAAUUUAGUUUAUUAACUAUACCUAUGUGAAACUGUACUAUGAAACCCAGUGGACAUAUGGGUUUGAAAUCAUACUUUUUUUGUUCCUGUGUAUUCUUAUCGGGGUUGCAACGAUAGUUCACCAAGUAAUCAUGGCCAGUGAUAUAAAAAUCAAAGGGCAAGCACAUCCUCACUCAUUAAGCCAUGCCAUGUCAGGAGAAUGGUUUCCCGGUGACGCAUCCAUUGCUGGCAGUGAGUGUGCCAGAAUUACCAGUGCCAAGUUGCUCAGAAGUCUGAAGCACCAUGGUGUGUCAUGUAUACUUUUGUAAAAGCUGCUCUACUCAGUGUCUAUCGACGUCAUUAAACAUCAGGUGACAAAAUGGUGCCAUUGUGUAGCUAAAAUGCUUUGAUUCUCUUUGAUGAGCUGUUCCGAUGGCAGAUAUCCUCUAGAUACAGGAAACUUGAUUCCAUUGUUACAUUGUCCUGUGCUUAGAGUUAUGAGUCUCAGACAUCUUUCUGGGUCUCUUUCCAUAUAGAUCCUGAUAAGAAAUAUCAGCAGCCAGACUGAUGGAGCUAUAAGCUGCUGAGCCCUGGGCAUGGAUUACAGAGAUGGGAUAUUUAAACCUAGGGAGGUUUUUCCCAUUUGUCCUGACUGUUUACUAACACGGUACACUGCAUCUCAGCAUCUUUGUUAUUUGACACGCGUGUAGUAUUAUUUCUGACUUUUUGAAUUAAUGUAUAAAAAUUAAAAGAUAGAGUUGUAUUUUGACAAAAGUAUUUGUACUUGUAAUGUUAUUUGGAAUUUUAAGUUCUGUGACUUCUACAAACCUAGAACGGCCUCUUUUUAGAACCCUGUGGCACAGAGGAGUGUGGCCACAUUGCCUCACUAGCUUUAUUUUCUUAUGUACUUCUGCAGAUUGAUCACCUAACUAGUGCCUAGCGACUAGAAGACAAUGUGGUGGUCAAGAGCAUAUGAAUUUUUUAAAUAUUAUUUAAUGCUCUUAAUCUCAAUUCAUCAACCUAGUAUUUUUUGAGUGUAUGCUAUAGCUGAAUGAGUAUGCAUGUAUGGAUAGGGGUGGAGAUUAAGUCUCGGCAGAUUUCCUGUGCCAUAUUCUUCAGCUAACUGGUUUACAAAUAAAUUCAAGUUGUUUUGCUGUGGUUAUGGGAGUCCACUGAAAGUAUAUUGGGCAGCAUUUUUCCCCCCUUUCUUUUUAAAUAGUAACAUUGCAAAAGCCAAGAAAGUAUGUAUAAAGGUCACAAAACUAAACAAUGAAUUCUUUCACAAAGAAAUAGCUAUCUUGGAAACUUUGUUGAAUAGUAUACCACAUGCUUAUGAGAUUUGGUAUCUUCAAAUCACUGGUUUUGCAGAUGUUAGAUACUCCAUUAAAUGUGACAGCAGUCACCAAUCAACCAUGAAAAAAAUAAAAACACCAAAUGCUCCCAUGGUGGGAUAUUUUCAGACUCCUUUAAAUCAGUCUUUCUUUUUUUUUAUCAGUAAACAAUUCAUAAACAUUAAUGCUUACUACUUUUUUAGUCAGUUAACAUUAAUGCUUAAUGUCAUCUGUCUUGAGACAAAACAAAAAUAUGAGAGAACUACUAUUUGGCAAAUUGCAAGUGAUCAUUCAGUAUCAUUACUAAUUUCAACUUUUUCUAGAAGUGACAUAUCAACUUCAAAGAUAUAAGAUUAUAGAUUUAUUUCAAAUUAACCUUCUAUAUUUUUUAAUUUAUAGAAUUUGUUACAUAACUUACUGCUUGAAAAGAAAAACUGUUUUAGAAAUCAGUAUAAAUAUUAUUUUUAAAAAUAAGUAAUGAAGGCACAUUUCUAGUAACUAUUGGCAUAACAUUGUAUAACACUUUAUGUUUUCUUCAGAGAUAUUAAAUGAGACACUAUUUUAUGAAUUUUAUAUUUUUCAAAAUCAAAUUUUUGUUGGUUUUCCUGUUUCACUAUAAUCAUGUUCCAGUUUCUCAUUACAUUAAGUCCAUGAGCAUCUCCUUUCUUCAAUUACUCUGUGACUUCAAAACCACAUUUAAAAAAAAGAAAAGGCACUGUGAAUAUUUUGGAAAAAAUACAACAUUUUAAUAUAGAUUUAAAGUGAUCUCUUCUGAAGCUAGAAAUAUCUAGUUAUAGACAUACUUUGUUAAAGUUGAGUCAUUACCUUUUAGACUAUUCAAAUAGUAAUCUUUUAAAUUUUCCUGUGUAAAACUAAUUGUGGUAGAAUUUUUUUUUACCAUCUCUAUGUUCAAUCUAAUAAAAAUUUUAGAUAGUCACUGUGGAUAUGUACUUAUGGAAAUUUCAGAAAUUCUCAAAAGAACUGUUCAAAGAUUUCUGCUUUUGCAUCUUUUGGGCACUUUGGGAAUCUUACUAACAACUGUGAAUUUGAAAAAUACAAAAGAAAGUAACAAGCCCUCUCUAUAUAAAUGCCCAGCAUAAUUCAUUGUUAAAAAACAAAACAAAAAACAACCAAACCUCAAACUACUGUACUUCAGUAUCUGUACUGAAAACAUAUGUGUUGUGACUAUUAAAUGUUGCACAUCAUUCAUUCACUGUAUAUUAAUCAUUGACUAAAGGGAUUUGUACAUGUUUUCUUCUUGUGGUUGUAUAUAUCAGGUAAAAAAUUUUCCAAAGAGCCAUGUGUCAUGUAAUACUGAACCACUUUGAUACUGAGAUAUUAAUUUGUACUCUUGUUACUAUUUACUAGUAAUGUAAUACUAUAGUAAUAUUAUUCUAAUUCUUUUCAAAAUUGUUGCAUCUCUUUUUUUAUAGAAUGUUUAUAUUCCAUAAGGAUUAGUUAUGUUGUUGUCCCUUCUUACAGCCUAUGAUGAAGCCCCUUUUUGUGCUUUCCUCUUUAUCUUUGGCCCUUCUUUAUCAUUGGCCCUUCAUUCCAAGCACUUUAUGCUAUCUGUAAUGGGAUCUAUUUUUGCACUGGAAUACCUGAGAAUUGCAAAACCAGACAGAGGUUUCACAAUACAUUUCUAAGUUAAAUCAUUUUCAUUAAAAGGAAAAAAAGAAAAAAAUAUGUAUUGUCAAUAACUUUAUAAGAAGUAUUAAAAAGGCAUAUUUCUAUGUUGUAAUGAGUCACAAAAUAAAGCUGUGACAGUUC